UGCUUUCUGACUGGAGCGUCUUGCUUUGAGGAGAAGAGGGGAUGAUCGGUAAGGGGGGAUAAAAGUAAACUCAUGAUACUUUCUCUCAAUUUAACCGCAUGGUGACCUGACGGAGAUGGCCGGUGCAGGACUGUGUUGUUCCAACCUGGAGGAACCGAAGGCCCUUAUGAAGAUGGGUCUGAGCAUGGUCCUCAUUGGUCAUGUUAACUUCCUGUUAGGAGCGCUGGUGCACGGUGUGGUGCUCAGACACAUCAACCUCCACAAGCAGGCCCGGGCCAUGGAGUACGCCAUCUCUAACGUAGUGGCUCUCACCUCCGGCCUGGUGGGAAUUGUUGUUGGUAUUCUGGCUAUUGUCCUGUCUAAAAACAAGAAGAGCAGAGGCCUGACGUGGUCGCUUUUCUCAGUCAGUCUGGCAGCAUCACUCACGGCAGCAGCUUCAUCCAUUGGACUCUUGGUGUCCGUGGUGAGGGCCAUUAUUCAUGGUGGGCGGAGCCUCCUGACUCACUGCCGCUUCCCUGAUGCCAUUGGCUACUCCAGCAUCACCAACGAGUGUCCUUUUGACCCCACACGCAUCUAUAGUACCACUCUGAUCCUUUGGGUCCCUCUGAUCGUGACUUGUGUCAUCCAGAUGGUGUUUUGCGCCCGGUGCUUUGCUGUCUGCGUUUCAUUCCUGGGUCUGCUUUGCUGCCCAAACAGGAAGAUACACAGAGACUAUGGCAGAGCGAUCAAUGUGGUGAGGCCGAUGGAGAAAGCUGCUCCCUCUCGCUAUAGUGAACCUCCAAGAACCUAUAAUGAACCUCCAACUCGCUAUAGUGAAUCUCCAAGAACCUCCAAUGAACCUCCAGCUCACUAUACUGAACGUCCAAGAAGCUAUCACGAAUCUCCAAGACGGAACACUGCGCCCCCAAGACGGCAGCAACGACCCCCUCCCCCUCCACAGCAUCCUCCCCGUCAGCACCGGAGUCUUCCUCCCUCGGAGAGGCAGCCUCUUCGCCCGCCGUACAGAGAAAGGUCAGGCAGAGAGAGGCCGGAGACAAGGGCUGGCAGCCAGCAAAGGGCACCGGAGCAACACCAACUGCUGGAGAGGGGGACGCUGGAAAGGUCCAGCUUCUGGAUUUAGCCAUAUUUGACAGGCCAGAGCUUCUUGAGAGAACAAGAGCUGUGAGGUUAUGAACUGUAGCUGUAGCUUCAAACAUCAUAUUCACAACCCUGUUUCCUGUCAGUACUUCAAAGCUACAGACUCUGAGAAUGAGGAUGUUUUAUUUAGCAGUGCAACGGAACCUGAGAUCAAACAUGAUGCAUGAAAGGUUCUGCAGCUGACAGGAUCGUUGGACUGCAUGUUGAAUCCCAGUUAUGUGAGUGUGUGUGUUCUUGUAUUUUUGUGUUUAUGAGGGCAAAAUUAUUCACAUUAGGAUUGAGAGAUGAGACAAAGUGAGGACAUGGUGAAGGCUGUUUCUUGUCCAGGGAGUUAGUUCAUUCAGAGUUAAAACAAUAGCGUGACACAAGGACAUACGCUUGUUCUCUGGAGUUAGGACGAGGUUAGCUUCACUUAGCAAGACUUGAACUAUGUUCAGGUUUAUGCAUACAACCUUUUACCCAUGUUUAAGGCAGGAUGAAACUCUGGUUUGCAUGUUUGAGUUAUUGAGAAUACUGUGUGUGUGUGUGUAUUUUUUCUGCAGUUAGGUCAAGAAAAACUAUUUUCAUGAGAAACUAGUGAUGCAAGAUUUUGUAUUUAUUGCCUAAGUAAAUAAAGUUUUUAAAUCACAAUUCGGCAGCUAUUUUGUGGGUGGUAUCUGAACUCUGCAACAAAAAACAUUUCACUUUAAUAUGUGCUAAUAGCAGCGGCUAUAGUGACCUGACAGGUAUUACUGGUUAUGCUCAGGAGACAUAAUGACAGGCUGGUACAAACGCAUUCACCCACGUCCUGUCAGGUGUAUGUUAAUAAGGGCCUACAAUGUGCCUUGACAGACUGCAGAUGCAUGGCAGUCAUGCUCAGCUGUCAGACCAGACAUUCGCCUCGUCCACAAUGAAAUACUCUUGAUGUAUUGCUUUCAUGAAUAACCAGAAAUGAGUAAACAGUCCACACGUGCAGCUUUGAAACACUUAGGUAUAUUUCUAUUUCAGGUCCAACGGAACAAACAUGACAUCCUCACGUGAGGUUUUCAUGCAACAGAAAAAUAGGAAGGAAGGAAGGAAGGAGAGGUUAGGAAGGAAGGAAGAAAGAAGAGGGGAGGGGGGGCGUAUUUAUCCAACACAAGGUACCAGUUUAUCAGAGGCAGUGAGAAUAGAAAAGGGUUAAACUGUAAUUGAUAAUGGGGUAGCAACUGUUGUUCCUUAUCCUACCAGCAGAAGGCAGUGACACUACAGGAUCUCCGAAGCAGAGGUGUGGCUGGUCAGGAAGCUCCUGUGCAAAUGUUUGGUACAAGUUCACCUCACAUCAAGUCUUAUGACAUGCGGAAGCAGCUGCACCAGCACAGCUCUCAGGCUCUGAUUGGUAGUUCACUUUGCCACCAUUGCACACCAUUCAGUUUGUGAGGUAGUCAAAUGUCGGGCAACACAAUAUAAAUAAAAAUCACAAUUAGAAUCAUAUUUCAGGCUGAUAUCAUCUUUAGAUGUUCGUCAGAUGUUUUGAUGGAGUUUCCUCUCUGACCACAGAACAAACACUUAUUUCUAUCUCGCACAAAAGACAGAGAAAUCCUCCGAAUGUGAUGAAGUGUUUGGGUUUUAUUCCUCACCUUUCCCACUGUGUGUAAACUGCAGCCUGUGUGAAUCACCUGCUUUACAGAGCUGCUAACCCACCUGAAAUAACUGAAUUAGUCUGGGUUUUAAUUAAGCGUUUCAUUGUCCCAUUUAAAAAAGGAUUUUUCCUAAAAUCAUAAGAAUAAAAUUGUGGAAUAAAAACUGAAUCCUUCGCCAGGAAGGGUCAUGGUCCAAUUUAGAGAUUUUGAAUAUCAGCUUUGCUAAAUACCAGUGGUGGAAGAAGUUUUCAGACUACUGGGUAAACGAAGCAAUAUCACAUUAUAAAAAGACCACAUUAUAAUCCUGCAUUCAAACUGUUUACUCAAGUAAAAAGUACAGAAAUAUACAAUAAAUCUACUAAGUAUCAACAGUGAAAGUACUCAUGCAGAAUGGCCUUAGUUAGUGUUAUACUAUUAUUAUAAGUCAUAUUAUUAUUGUAAUGAUUACUUUAAAGUUAUAGUUAAUCAAGAUGGAGCUAAUUUAACUAGUUUUAUUAAUUUUGAACACUUAAAUCUAUAACAACACAUUAUAUAAACUAAUCAUUUCAUAUGUAAAAUCUUAAUCUGAAAAAGUAACAAGCUGUUAAAUAAAUGCAGUAAAGUAAAACUUACAAUAUUUGCCUCUGAACUGUAAUGGAAUAGAAGUAUACAGUAACAUAAAAUGAAAAUACUCAAGUAAUGUACUCAGGUGUUGUACUAAUAUAAGUCCCAGUACUUGAGAAAAUGUACUUCAGUCUAUAACAAUAAAGAAAUACCAUAUGUUUUAUGAUAAUGUAUCCACUAGUACUUUAGGGGUCGUCUUCAACCAACAGCCUCAAGUCUCUUGUGCAUCAUAUCAAGAAACAUUUUGACUGAAAUGAAAAUAGUAAUCUGUGUCUUCAGUGAUGUCGUCAGGGCAACAGGUCAACUCCUAAGAAAAUAUUUUUGAAGCAGGGCUUACUUCAAAUAUGCAGUUUUACUUCAACUUUGAAUUUUCCUUCAGUCAACUCCAUGGUAACCUACGUCACAGACUGACUUUGUAGUGUGUGUUUAAUCUCUGAAACAGAAGAUGGCAACAGUGAUCUGACAAUGGGAGCCUUAAAUAGGUGAUAUAUGAGAGUGGUGCUGGCACUGCUGCAACCAGUGGCUCUGUUUACAUUUGCACAGUGUUUCAGAUGGUGUUUUUUUAUUGUGAAACAUGGUUUCACUCAGUCAAAGCUGUGUUUUAAAACUCUAAUAUCAUACAGUUUAAAGUAGUUUAAAGAGACACUGAGACAUUAACUUGAUGCCAUGCCUGGAAGUGUUUCACUUUCUCUGCGCUACAAAUAUUCAUUAAAUCUCUUAGAACAGGUAUCCCAGAUGUUAAAGAUUUCUAUAACUGCUAAUAUAAACAUGGCCACUGGCUAUAGUCUGAAGAAACCCUAAAAAUCCAAAUCAGAACAAGUAACCUGCUCCUGUCUCGUGACACGUGUCCCUUCAUCUAACUGCUCUGUAAGCAGACUAAUCCAGGAGGUUAUAAAAGCAUUCAGCUAGAGAGAGAUGAACGAGCCCUUAGUGAGUUUUCAUGUCUGUCAUGAGGAAAAGAGAGUGGGGUCAGGGUUUGUCCCAAAGCAAGACAAAUAUUCAGUCAUUUCUGCCUGGUACGGUGCUGAGGAGGCUGCAGAGCUACAAAAAGAUACCGCUGUGCGUUAACUGUUUCUGUGUUGUCGUCGUUGGGUUCGCAGGAUCAUGCAGUAUAGUCACAGGUCACGACUAUCUUAAGUUUACUGCUCGUUGAUAAAGAACUUUAAAAUACUUACAAAUUAAGAAACAACACAACAUGGUAAUACUGUAAAAGUUAGCCUCGAGCAUACGGUGCAUAUUCACAUGCACACACACAUUCAGACCAAAUGCACAGCCAUACUUUAUAAACACAUGGCGGCUCAAACGAUAUGUGCUACUGGUGUCGUUGAUCAGAUGCAUUAUGGGAACUCCUUAUUUCACUACAAUUUCAUAUUCUUCUUCCACUUUGACAAAAACCACAAAUCCCAGAGAGGAACUCACAUUUUCUCUCUCUCUCUCUCUGUCACUGUAAACUAGAGUGUUCAUCUUAAACAACAUAUCAAAGUAAAAGAUAAUAACAAUAAAAAUGAAUAAAUAAAACAACAUGAAGGAGGAAAACAAUAUGUACAAAUGAAAAAAAAUCACAUUUAAAAUUUAUAAAUCAACAAAAUGCAAGUAGACAUCAAUAAAAACCUAAUGGGAUCUUAGGCCUUCUUUUUCUCAG